UCGAUCCCGCCGGACAGAGUAGGCCGCUCUUUAUCAGUAUUUAAUCCAUUCAGUUCAGUCAGUUUUCAGUGUGCCAGUGUAACUGUCAAUCGUCAAUCGUGUUGUCAGUUUACAUUCUAAUAUUUUGUUCGUGCUUGUUUUAAAUUACACUUUAUUUAUUAUAAAUUAAAUAAACAAUCAUUUAAUACCCAAUAGUUUUAUAUAAAAUAUCAAAUUAUGAGUGACAACAAGGAAGAUAAAAAGCAAAUACGUGUGUGGUGUGAUGGAUGCUAUGACAUGGUUCAUUUUGGCCAUGCUAAUUCUUUGAGACAAGCAAAAGCUCUUGGUGGUGUAUUAAUAGUAGGUGUACACACAGAUGAAGAAAUAUCUAAACAUAAAGGCCCUCCUGUCUUUACACAGGAGGAGAGAUAUAAAAUGGUUCGUGCAAUCAAAUGGGUCGACCAAGUGGUGGAGGGAGCACCGUAUGUUACAACACUAGAAACGUUAGAUAAAUACCAAUGUGAUUUUUGUGUGCAUGGAGAUGACAUCACAGUGACUGCAGAUGGAAUUGAUACAUAUCAUUUGGUUAAAGAAGCUGGGAGAUACAGAGAAGUAAAUAGAACAGCUGGAGUGUCCACUACAGAUUUAGUAGGAAGGAUGCUGUUACUCACACGAGAACACUUCAAAGGUGACAAAGAAUACACAGUAGCCCUGGAGCACUCUUCAAAUCUUGGUACAGAUUCAACCGCAAGGUCACCUUACACCGGCUGUUCACAGUUCUUACCCACCACUCAAAAGAUCAUCCAGUUCAGCAGUGGUCUUUCACCUAAGCCUACUGACAAAGUGGUGUACGUCGCGGGUGCGUUCGAUCUGUUCCACGUGGGGCACUUGGACUUCCUCGAAGCGGCGCACGCGCACGGGGACUUCCUCAUCGUGGGGCUGCACACCGACCUCGAAGUGAACCGCUACAAAGGCUCCAACUACCCCAUAAUGAACCUCCACGAACGCGUGCUCUCUGUUCUCGCUUGUAAGUAUGUUCACGAAGUGGUGAUCGGAGCGCCGUAUAGUGUGACAGCGGAAUUAAUGGAUCACUUCAGGGUAGAGGUGGUGUGUCACGGCCUAACGCCCAUCGCGCUGGACGCUGAUGGUUCUGACCCUUACAAAGUGCCAAAACAACGUGGAUGUUUUAAGGUAUUAAAUUCGGGCAACAGCAUGACAACUGAGGACAUAGUUCAACGAAUAAUCCGUCACAGAUUAGAAUUCGAAGAAAGAAACACGCGCAAAGAAAAAAAGGAAAUCGCCCAAAUGAAAUCAAUACAAAAGGAACAUAUUAAACAGAAUGGAAAUUGUGAAUAUAAAGCAUAUUCUGGUUAAAAAUAUAUUUAAAAAUAAAAAACUAAAUUAUCUGUACCCAGUACAUUCGCUGAAAGUUCAUGAUACUCUGAAUUUUCAUUCUCAUUGGAUCAUGGGUAUAAUUACUUUCUACUUACGACGAUAAAUUUAUUAUUAAUAAAUAAUCCAUAUUUAAUAUAUUGUAUAAUAUUAGGUACCUUAUUACAAAGUUAAAAGUAAUCCACAGUUAACUAAACUAAAUGUAUUUAUUCGCAUUUCAUAGAAUAAUAAUAAUGCUCUCAUUCCGAAAAAAAAUAUGUAAAACAAAUAAUGUUAACGCAUAUUUUGUAUUAAUAUCAAUGAAUUUUAA